AUGUCGUCGGCCAAAGCCAACGUCAAGUUUGUGAGACCUCGAACACCGAUUGUGUUCUCUCUCGAUCACGCAGCAAACUUGGUGUUGCACCAGACUGUGGAGCGCAUCCACGUGGGCAAGAAGUAUGGAGACAUCCCGCGAGGCAUCUUCGUAGUGAGAGGCGAGAACGUCGUUCUGCUGGGGGAAAUAGACCUGGAGAAGGAGAGCGACACGCCUCUGCAGCAGGUCUCCAUCGAGGAGAUCCUGGAGGAGCAGCGAGUGGAGCAGCAGGCCAAGCAGGAGUCGGAGAAGCUGAAGGUGCAGGCGCUGAAGGAGCGGGGCCUCUCCGUCCCGCGGGCAGACACCCUGGACGAGUACUAG